GGCUGUAUCGCCUUGGGUCCAUCCACUCCGAGCGUAGGGUGGUUGACGGAGGUGAACAGCACUGUCAGCUACUGCGGCCCCUAAUACGACCGGACUGCGGUAUUGCACCCCGCCUGUUGGAUCUCCUCGGUGCUUGGGAAUUGUACCGUGUCAAGGCUAGUUGUACCGAUAUUUGAACGCGCCAAGACUCGUUUCAGUUGUUUACACGCAAUGAAACCAGGAAUGGAGGGGGCGGGCGACGGAGCGGGGAAGAGUGCAUCAAAUAAACAAGAUCAGAAAGACGAGUUCACGACAUGCGGCUACUGUGGUAAGGGCAGGAACCUGAACAUCGUGGAGCUACAGUGCAGCAACUGCCUGCAGUUCCACCACGAGUCGUGUAUCUCCUACCAGCUGGGCAAGCUGGUGCCGUUCCUCUCCAACUACGUAUUCACAUGCCGCAACUGCUCCAACACCGGGCUGGAGCAGUUCAAGAAGCACCAGGCGCAGUCGAGCCAGAUGUGCGUGACGGCGCUGGCGAACCUGCAGCAGGCGGCGCUGCGCGAGGACGGCCGCGUGCUCUUCUCGCUCACCAAGGACAUUGUGCCCUGGAUCGAGAUGCAUUGGGAGGGCAUGACCACCAUGGCGCGCCGCACUACGCAGAGCUGGAAGCAGACGAUCCAGCGCACGCUGGCCAAGGACUCGGCGUCGCUGUUCCGGUGCGAGGAGAGUGCGCCGGACGGCAGCGUGGCGGCCGGCCACCCGCUCUACGGCCUGCGCCACACGAACCUGGCCGCCAUCCGGCCCAGCUACGACCAGCUGAAGCAGCGCCAGGCAGACGCCGUCAAGUCCCGCGGCCCCAAGCGCAAGGUGCUGGAGCAGUCGGCCGGCUCGAAGAAGACACGCAGCGAGGGCGCCGUCCAGAAGCUGCACGGCUACCCGCUCGACCACCCGUUCAACAAGGACGGCUACCGCUACAUUCUGACCGAGCCGGACCCGCACGCGCCGUUCAGACAGGAGUUUGACGAGUCGUCGGAGAGCGGCGGGCGGCCCAUUCCCGGCUGGCUGCACCGGGCUCAGUGUCCGUCCGCCGUGCUGCUAGCUCUGCACGACAGGGCGCAGUGUCUGAAGAUCUCGGACGACCGGCUCUCGGUGACGGGCGACAAGGGUUACUGCAUGGUGCGCGCCACGCACCCGGUGCGCCGCGGCGCCUGGUACUGGGAGGCGACCAUCAGCGCGCAGCCGGACGGCGCCCACUGCCGCAUCGGCUGGGCCGGGCCGCUCGCCAACCUGAACGCACCGCUCGGCUACGACAAGUUCGGCUACUCGUGGCGCAGCAGGAAGGGUACAGUCUUCCACGAGGCGCGCGGCCGCCACCUCAGCGCCGGGUACCAGCAGGGCGACGUGCUCGGCAUCCUGAUCCAGCUGCCCGAGUCGGCCGUGCCCGCCCGCCUUCCCGACAGCUACAAGGACAAGCCUCUGAUCAAGUCCAAGUCGCACCUGUACUUCGAGGAGAAGGACGACGUGCCGGGCACCCUGGAGCGCCUUCAGCCCGUGCCCGGCGCCUGCAUCGGCUUCUACAAGAACGGCAAGCUGCAGGGCCAGACGUUCCACAACCUGUACGGGUCGGACUACUACCCGGCCGUGUCCGUGUACCGGGGCAUCACCGUCAGCGUCAACUUCGGGCCCAACUUCAAGUACUCGCCCAAAGACGUCCGUUGGCGGCCGAUGUCGGAGCGGGCUGAGGAGCACGCCGUGCAGCAGGCCAUGGCCGACAUCGCCUGGCUCACUGAGCACGAGGGCAAGCUGCGCAUCGACCUGUGACCUGACCCCGGCUGAACUGCGCCCCGCCCGCGGACGGGCGGCCGGGCUGUGGCGGCGGUGACGCCUGCG